AUGUCUUCGAAGACCGCUUCUGAUAUGCAAUAUCAUGCCAAAAGACUUUCCAAAGAUGGAGUUUUGAGGCAUCCAUGUGAUGCAGAGACAUGGAAGACCUUUGAUAUGAAGCACCCAACAUUUGCAACUGAUCCUCGCAAUGUAAGACUUGCAUUAGCAACUGAUGGGAUGAAUCCGUUUGGGAAUAUGUUGCAUCCACAUAGUACAUGGCCAGUGGUUCUCAUCAAUUAUAACUUACCACCACGGUUGUGUAUGAAAGAGGAAAAUUUUAUUUUGGCUAUGAUAAUUCAUGGACCUAAAUCCCCAGGAAACGACAUCGAUGUGUAUUUGCAACCACUCAUAGAGGAAUCGAAGGAAUUGUGGGAUGAAGGUGUUGAAACUUACGACAUUUCAAAGAAAGAGAAUUUUAAAUGUCGUGCAGCAUUACUUGGCAUCAUCAGUGAUUUUCCUGCACUAGAUAUGCUUUUCGGGUGGAGCACCAAAGGGGAAUUUGCUUGUCCGUGCUGUGGGCCUGACCGAUGUUCAGAACGACUGAGCAAUGGGGACAAGUAUUGUUAUCGCCGAUACUUGCCUGCUGGUCAUCAUUGGUGCCACCAGAAGUCAGCCUUUAAUGGAGAGAAAGAACUUCGAGAACCACCACAUCUGAUGAAUGGGGAUGAAAUCGAUCAACAACUGACUCAUUUUCGACAAGUUCAGUUUGGUAAGAACGCCAAACAGACUGGUCUGACAGAAACAACACCGGCUACUUUUGAACACAACUGGAAAAAAAAGAGCAUAUUUCAUGAGUUUCCGUACUUAAGCUCAAUUAUAUGUUUUCAUAAUGUCGAUGUGAUGCACGUUGAGAAGAAUAUUUGUGAAACUGUAUUGGGCACAGUGAUGAAUGUAGAAGGGAAAACGAAAGACAAUCUUAAGGCCCGGUCGGAUCUGAUGGACUGGGGAUUACGACCUGAGUUACAUUUGAGACAAGAGGGAGACAAAGUAGUGGUGCCAACAGCUUCUUUUGCCAUGUCGCCAAAAGAAAAGGAAUCUUUUUGUAGAACUUUGAAGGAUAUUAAGGUUCCCGAUGGAUACUCAUCAAACAUUUCUCGGUGUGUGAACGUUAAGGAUCGAAAGAUUAUGGGUCUGAAAAGUCAUGACUAUCAUGUACUAAUGGAGUAUUUAUUGCCGAUUGCGUUACAUGGACACUUGUAUGGGUAUAUAUUGGAAGCAUUGAGUGGGUUAUGUAUGUUUUUCAAAGUGUUGUGCACACGGGUUCUCAAGAUAGAGGAUCUGGAUAAACUACAAGAUAGAAUUGCAAUUACUUUGUGCAAGUUGGAAAGAAUAUUUCCCCCAUCUUUUUUUGUUGUGAUGAUGCAUUUGCCCAUUCAUCUACCACAACAAGCAAAGGAUGCAGGUCCAGUUCAGUAUAGGUGGAUGUAUCCGAUCGAGAGGUAUAUGCGUAAGUUGAAGUCUUUUGUGCGGAAUAAAGCUUGCCUCGAAGGAUCGAUGGCUGAAGCAUACCUCAUAGAUGAAUGUAUCACUUUUUGUACGCGUUACUUGAAUAGUGUUGUUACAAAAUUUAAUAAACUUGAAAGGAACGAUGAUGAUGAGGCGCCACAACCUGAUGAUCGAUUUAUAGUUUUCAAACAAUUCGGUAGUCCCCUUGGAGCUGAAACUUGGGGACAACUUACGGACACUGUUGUGGUUAACUAUGUUAAGCACUGCACCUGCAGGGAGCACAAAGGAGAGCUGCGAAGCCGUGGCCUAAGAGAUGCCGAGAUAUACCAAUUGCAUAAAGAUGGUCAGGUGAGUGAUAAACUAUAUUCUUUGAGUCAAGGUCCUGCUAAAGAAUGUUUGAGUUACAAUGGCUACAUUAUCAACGGGUUUAGAUUUCAUACAAGAGAGUGGGAGAGUCGACGAAAGUCACAGAAUAGUGGACUAUGUGUCCAUCGGGAAGACGAAGGUGUAGCUGAAGAUGAAAAUGAUUUUUAUGGAGUUGUGAAUAAUAUUAUCGAGGCCCGGUAUGUGGGUCAACUCCGAGUUCUUCUUUUCAAAUGCGAUUGGCGGACGAUUGCAGGAACAGAUGAGUUUGGAUUUACUAGUGUCCAUAUGAGUAGAAGAUAUUAUGUGAAUGAACCGUUUAUAUUAGCAUCUCAAGCCCAACAGGUUUUCUAUAUCAAGGAUGUAUAUAAUCAACAAAAGGAAGUGGUUAUAAAAACACAACCUCGUCGGUCUUUCAAUAUUCCAGAAAUAGAUUCGGUUGGGGAGACUGAAAUAGAAACCUCGAGUGCUAGUGAGGCAUAUCAAGAAUGGCAUUCAAUUUAUUCGAUAAAAGAUCUUAGAGGAGAACCAUUCAAGUUAAUCAAUUAUGAAUAUGUAUGA